GGAGCGGCGGCGCUGGGAGCUGAGACUCUCCGCCGGGAGCGUUGUCUCCGUGUCUCCAUUGUCGGCGGCUGGACCAUGGGUGUCCCCUCGCUGCUGCACCUGGCGCUGGCCGUCUGCCUGCUGCACUUCCCGGGCCCAGCGGCCCCUGAGCUGACCGUACCGCGGAGGCUGGGCUCGGGUCCGCCGGGAGAACAGCUCCAGCUGGCGCUGCCGCUACCGGCCUGGGGCACCGAGCUGGUGCUGUCCUUGAGGCGGGGGCAGCGCUUCCUGGCGCCGGCAUUCACCGUGGAGGAGCGGGGCAGAGACACGGGCCCCCUGCGAGCCGAGCAUCACUGCUUCUACAGCGGCCACGUCCUCCGGCACCGCCGCUCCUUCGCCGCGCUCAGCACCUGCAACGGACUGUUGGGAUAUAUCCAGAUUGGUGACGAUCUGUUGUCCAUAGAACCUGUGAACAAAAUUAACUCUUCAUUCAGUGGGGAAGUUCACCGGAUUUACAGGCACAAGCAGCCCCUCGCAUCCAAGAAGAAUCACAGCUCUGACUUCUGCAAGGUGAUCAAAGGAAGACAGAAGCUGAAGAGAGCAACUGACCAACUCAGAAGAAAUGCCAUCCGCUUAACGAACGAAUACACGGUGGAGACGUUAGUGGUGGCAGAUUCGGACAUGGUGGAGUAUCACGGUGCAGAAGCAGCCCAGAGGUUCCUCCUCACUGUCAUGAAUAUGGUAUACAACAUGUUUCGGCACCGCAGUCUGGGAAUUAAGAUCAAUAUUCAAGUCACGAAACUAGUUCUGCUUCACAAACGUCCGGAGCAACUAUCGAUUGGUCACCAUGGGGAGAAGUCGCUGGAGAGCUUCUGCCAUUGGCAGCAGCGAGAGUUUGGAGCUCGAUACUUGGGGAAUAACCAACUGCCCGGUGGGAGGGACGACUACCCAGCUGUGGAUGCCGCCAUGCUUGUCACAAGGACUGACUUCUGUGUAAAUAAAAAUGAGCCCUGUGACACUGUUGGAAUUGCAUACCUUGGAGGAGCCUGUAACCCCAAGCGCAAGUGUGUGCUCGCUGAAGAUAAUGGUCUCAGCCUGGCCUUUACCAUUGCCCACGAGCUGGGUCACAACCUGGGGAUGAGCCAUGAUGAUGACCAUUCCACCUGUGCUGAACAUUUCCACAUCAUGUCUGGCGAGUGGAUCAAGGGGAAGAACCCAAGCGAUCUUUCUUGGUCUGCCUGUAGCCAUGGCGACCUGGAGAGUUUCCUGAGAUCAAAGGCUAGUACCUGCCUGCUGGAGACAGACCCAAGAAGUCAAUAUGCAACACGGUUGCCACCUAAGCUGCCGGGCAUGCACUACAGCGCUGACGAACAGUGUCAGAUACUGUUUGGAAUCAAUGCAACUUUCUGUAAAGAAAUGGAGCAUUUGAUGUGUUCCGGUCUCUGGUGUCUGGUGGAGGAAGACCUGCCAUGCAAAACAAAAUUGGAUCCUCCCUUAGACGGAACGGAGUGUGGUGUUGACAAGUGGUGCAGAGCAGGGAAGUGUGUCAGCAAAACGCCUAUCCCUGAGCACCUGGAUGGCGACUGGAACAGCUGGAGCCAGUGGAGUAUGUGCAGCCGCACCUGUGGAACCGGAGCCAGGUUCAGGCAAAGAAAAUGCGAUAACCCCCCCCCAGGUCCAGGAGGAACAAACUGUCUGGGAGUCAAUGUAGAGCAUAAGGUUUGUGAGAAUGUACACUGCAACAAAGGGCAGCGCAACUUCCGAGAUCAGCAAUGCCAGUCCCAGGACAGGCAAGGUCAGAAGAAGAGAAAACACUGGACUGCAGUCCUCAACGACGACAUGCCUUGUGCUUUGUUUUGCUCCCCCUUUGGGAAAGAUUCCCCUGUCCUGAUAGCUGAGCGAGUCCAGGAUGGCACUCCAUGUGGACCGUACGAGACAGAUCUCUGUGUGAAUGGCAAAUGCAAGAAGAUUGGCUGUGAUGGAAUCAUUGGGUCUGCAGCAAAGGAGGAUCGUUGUGGGGUGUGCAAUGGUGAUGACAAGUCGUGCGAGAUCAUCAAAGGCGAUUUCAAUCAAAGCCAAGGAAUGGGUUAUGUUGAAGCUGCUGUUAUCCCUGCUGGUGCCAGGAGGAUUCGGGUGGUGGAGGAGAAACCAGCGCACAGCUUCCUAGCUUUAAAAGACUCCACAAAACAAUCCAUCAACAGCGACUGGAAGAUCGAGCUGCCUGGCGAAUUUCCAAUGGCCGGAACCACAGUGCAUUAUGUGAGGCGGGGUCUGUGGGAGAAGAUGUCUGCCAAGGGACCGACCAAAACACCGCUUCACUUAAUGGUGCUGUUAUUCCAUGAUAAAAGCUAUGGCAUCCACUAUGAAUACACAAUCCCGGUGAACAAGUCAACUGAAGAUAGCAACGUGAUGCACAAACCACUGGAACCUCUUUACUUGUGGACAAACAUUGGCUGGGGGAACUGCAGUGUGCAAUGUGGAGGAGGUGAGCGCAGAACAAUUGUCCGCUGCUCCAAGAUUGUCAACAAGACGUUGACAGUAACGAACGACAGCGACUGCCGCCUCCUGGCUCGCAUUGAUCCCCAAGUCCGGAGAUGCAACAUACAUCCGUGCCAGUCAUGGUGGGUGGGAAGCACUUGGUCUCCAUGCUCCAGGACCUGUGGUAAAGGAACUCAGAUUCGGAAUGUGACCUGUGUCUAUCAGCUACAAAACGGCACGCAUUUCAACACAAGAAGUCUCUACUGCCUUGGUCCAAGACUGUCUACAGUGCAGGGCUGUGAAGGCCGUGCAUGCCUCACAAUAUGGGAAGCCUCGGAUUGGUCAAAGUGUUCGUCAGACUGUGGUCGUGGAACCCAUCUAAGGACAGUGAAUUGCACCAACCCUCAUCGCAAAUGUGAUCUUGCAGCGAAGCCCAGAGAGGAAGAGGAGUGCGAGGAUCAUUCCAACUGCUACAAAUGGCGAACUGGAGAAUGGUCAAAGUGUUCGUCCACAUGCGGCAAGGGCCUGCAUUCUCGAGUUGUUCAAUGUAUGCACAGAAUCACCGGGCGCCACGGCAACGAAUGCCCUUCUUUGACCAAACCACCGUCCUACAAGCAAUGCCACCAGAAGCCUUGCAAUGGAAGUGCCAACGCCAACAAUGUCACCUCGUCCAGGCUUGCUGCCCUAACAUACAAGUGCCUGGGAGAUGACUGGGCAGUGUACUGCAGACUCAUCCGUGAGAAGAACCUGUGCCAAGACCUGCGCUGGUACCGACGCUGCUGCCAGACCUGCAAGGACUUCUACGCAAACAAGCCGCGGCGCAGCACUGAGUCGCGGGUAUUAUUGAAGCAAUGAGAUAACCGAAGAAGAGUUUUUUUUCUUCUCCGUUUCAUCCCGUACAGAAUCGGGGGAUGUACGGAUUUUUUAUUUUAACUGGAAGAGAGCGGUGCUUGGGAAGCUGCAGGCUCCCCACCAUCCUUGCCCACACUCUGCAAACGCACCCCGCCAUUUUUGGGAUGUACCGCGUGAGCUGCUGUUACAGUGUCAGAAGCUGAGCCAGUGACCUACCCAAGAGCCCACGUCGAUGGGUUCUGCACUUGCCUAUCACUGCAGCAUCAACCGCAUGGCUCCGAUCAGUGAGGGAAGUAAACAGUAACUCCUUUCUCACCAACAAGAAAUGACGUUUACUGUCUCUCACUGGAUUUUUGUAGAGUUAAUACUGUGCACUGGAACCAUUUCCAGCGGAAAGCAAAGGACAAUGAAGGAGCAGGAAAAUCUAUCCCUUCCACGCACCUUCAGGUGGAGAUGUGUCUAGAAUCUCAACUCACUGUUUGUUAUCCCUCUCAUAGUUCUGGAAAAUAUGAAAAGCCUUGACAUCCAGACUAUCGAUCAAACCACUCGCUUGAUGAGAAUUUGCAACUUAAUAUCUUCAUUUAUAGCAAAGUGUAGCAAUGCAAAGCCAAACUUGAACGAUUCUCUUUAACCUUUUCAUUACUUUUUACCUUUAGGCCAGUCAACCUUCCUUAUGGACAUGGCUAAUGAUACUUUAUUAUCUCAUGUGAAUGAAUGAAUGAAUGAAUACUUUAUUGUUUCAUGUGAAAAGGCACAGUGAAACUCUUUGUUUUGCAUACGCAAGGUAUGCAAAGAGUUGCCACAUAAAGGGCGCUGACAUAAAGUUACAAAGUAUUCCGCGCCAGCUCCUCCCUUGUUCUCCCUCACAGUGGUCCCCCCAUGCCAGGUCCUCCUUUGUUCUCCCCCCCCCCCCCCCCCCCCCCACAUCCCCUCCUCACGGCUCCCCCUCCCCCACGCCGUACCGAGGUGCAGUGAAAUUCAUAUUGUACACAGUUCAUUACGGAUCUCCGAAUAGUAGACAA